AUGGCACGAGUCUCACCUUUUUCGCAUGCAGUGGUUGCAUCUAUGAGACACCUUUACCCAGAAGUGCUGGCAGACAAGUCAUUUGACAAUACAGGCUUACUUCUUGAAGCCCCUAUACCAACUCAUCUUCCGAGAAAGUCGAACUCGGUCCUCCUCACUAUCGACCUUACCAAAGCUGUUGCAGACGAGGCAAUCGAAGAGAACCAUUCGCUUGUGGUCGCCUAUCACCCUAUAAUUUUUCGAGGCCUCAAGUCUAUCACCUUGGACGAUUCGCAGCAGCAAAGUCUGCUGAGGUUAGCAAGCCAUGGCGUCAGCGUCUAUUGUCCACAUACUGCUGUCGAUAUCGUGCCGAACGUCACUGGAAAGAUCGAACCUGCUCCUGAGCCCAUGGCUGUCUCGAGCGCGGAAGCAAAGCAGCAAUUAGAAGACACUAUACCAGAACAGUCAGAGCCAGUAUCUGAAACAGACGUGACUACUUCGGAGGACGAAGAGCCAAUAACACCUAGUGACGUUAAGCCAAAUGGUCACAUGUCCGAUCCUUUCGUCGAGAAGGAUCCCACUACCCCUAAGCCCAAACCAAAACGACCAACUGGAGUGCACAGGACAUACUCAAAGCCAUCCUAUCCAUUACAUAUUCGUGAUCAAGAGGAAAAUUCACCUCCACACAGAAUACCUUCACCCAUACAGUCUUCUCCCAAUACGACCUUUCACCAUUCCGUCAUCCCGCAUGUUCGAACAGUCAUCACUUCUUCACCCAGUUCUGCAUUAGAGACUGCUAACGCUGCACGUUCCACCUCACAAGGAGAACCAUACUAUACCUCCUCCAAUUCUGGCUCUGGCCGACUAAUCACCUUCGAACAUCCACAGCCUCUUUCGGCGCUGAUAACACGUAUAGCCUAUGCGACCGGUACACCCAAGGGCUUCCCAGUCGCCAUUCCUCAAGACCGUUCACUGGAGUCUAUUCGAAUCAAAACAGUUGGUACAUGUCCAGGUUCAGGCAGUAGUGUUAUCCGAAAUGCAAAAACUCCACCAGAUCUUGUCUUUACUGGUGAGAUGUCGCAUCACGAGGCAUUAGCUGCAAUCGAGCAGGGUAGAUGUGUAAUCUCCUUGUUUCACAGCAACAGCGAAAGGGGCUACCUGGAUGGAGUAAUGAGAGAACUGCUUGAGGAAGAAGUACAGAAGAGAUGGAAGGAUGAGAGGGAGAGGACGAAGGCGGAGGACAAUCAAGGGGAAAUGACAAAGGAGAUAACAGGGGACGAUAGUGUCAGUGUUGUCGUCAGCAGAAGAGAUCGAGAUCCUUUUGGUAUUGUGGUUUUGCAAGAGAGUGGGGUGCGAGGUGAAGCCGUGAGCUGA